UUGACUCAAGACGUGCGGACAGGCCGGGGCGAGGAGAACGGUAAACAACAGGACAAAGCACCUCUUUUCAUUAGAGUUGGAAGUCCGCAAGCUCGACUACACCUCUGCAAAGUGCUUCCUUCAUUGUUCCCUCCAUUGACUGACCUCCACAGGAUCUAUACCAGCAGCGGAUGACUGAAGCCAUACCGAUAACCUCAAACGAUCAACAACUGAACAUUGCGGUUGGAGAUCCAAAGACUUCUUCGGCAGCAUGCGUUCAUUUUCUGUUCAAGUACUUGUGAUCCUGACAACGUUUGGAGGACUUUGUUCAGUGAUAGCCAAGAGUGUAUCACAACGAACAAGCUCAAAAGAUGAAGCAAGCUGUGAUUUCGAGGGGAACACCCACCCAGCCGACACCACGUUUGUCACGGCCGAUUGUUCUGCGCAGUGCUACUGUACGGUAGAUGGAGAUUUAAGCUGUCUGCCUAUUUGCCCUACUCCUGCACCUACUCAAUGCCCCCCCGGAAGUGUCCUGAGAGAGGAAGAAUACUCAGCUGUUUCAGGAGGUGGCCGUUGUACUUGUAAGAGAAGAUUCUGCGCCCUUGAAAAAGUUCUGUGUUUCAGAAAGGAAAAUGGAGAAAAAUACAAAGUUGGAGAGACAUUUAGCUUGAAUAACUGCUCUAAGACAUGCAGAUGUAAUGAAAACGGUCAAAUAUCAUGUGCGCCGACGUGCUCGAAAAAUAUCUGUCCCAAGGGAACACGGCCCAAAAGGAACGGUGAAAUACAACUUGAAAAUAACUGUUCGUGCGCCAUACAGGAAUGUGUCCCAGUUCCCAAAUCGUUCUGUUACGUCGAUGGUCGACGAUUUAGGCGCGGUCGCGUUUUCAUUACGAAAGACUGCAAGCUCAAGUGCCGCUGCAAGAAGAACGGCAAAACGCGAUGUACAAGGUUAUGUAAGAAGAAACAAAAUAAACAAGAGUGCGGCCCAGAUGAAACAUUGGAAAAUAUUAAUGAAUCGUCUGCUGGGGGAAGAUGCUCAUGUGAGACAAAGAUCUGUAUAUCGACCUUGGCAAAUGUCUGGGGAAAUAAAGUGAGUCAUCUUGAAAGCAGGAAUACCAGAGAUGCAUAGUGCCAGCAUCAUACACAUUGCAUUGACUCGAUCAAGGACAAGUGCAAUACUAUCAAUUAAGGACCCUGCAGCGAAGCCAAAUUCAUUAUUUCAUGACACUUUUUUCAUAUGGUAUCAUACGUACGCCUCUACCCGAUAUUGGCACCCAAAUAAGCAAAGCAAGAUUUCCUGAUAUUCCAAAACAUUCAUAUAAUCAACUUUAACGACUAUGUCUCUGGUGUGACACCUGGUUUAUUUACUAAGAGCGUAGGCUAAUAUGGAGAAAAAAUGGAAACGAUUUUUCCUCAGUUAGAAAUAAAUUAAGCUUGGUCUUAUGCCGGGAUAUCGAAAGAAAAGGCAAUCACUAGCUAUAAGGAUAGGAAAGAAAUUUUUAGAGUGGCAACAAGUUAGUUUAAAAAAAGGAUCAAACUCUUUGGAAAACAGUGAGCGUUUACGGGCUCAUUAGACAGAUAUUCUCAUUUUUGCAUUGUAGUGUAUAAUUUAGGAGUCAUGAUCAUAUCAUCGUUUUCAUGAUUGAGUAGACGAACGAAUUAUACGUGAUUAGUCUUUUUACGUAACCAAAUUAACUAAAAAGUGUCUCUGUGAUAGUUGUCACAAGGAUAAAUCAAAGAAAGUAAAACUGAGGCUUCAAAUGGAGAGAAAUAUUCCUUGGGGUGUGGCGUGCACUUUACCCCACUUAAAGAAAUAGUCUUUGGUGCAUAAAGCACCCUUCGCUCAAAAAGGUGUGAUUUCAAUUUUACGAAAGCUGAUUAACGUAAAAUCUUCGCAUAUCUUAGGUAACAGUAAGCCGUUUUAGCCGUUUUAGUAACCUAAUGACCUCCUUCAGGCAAUCUAUCUAUCUAUCCCGUCGAUAGAUGUUCCCUUUGAGGGAGAAAUCAUACGAGUUUACUUAGUUUCUUUGGGAUCGAAGUAUCUCCGCGUUAGUAUCCGACCAAAAUGAGUAAGCAUCCCCAGAUGUCGGUCCCGUGUACGGAGGCAUCAAUGAAGUACCUUUGAAGUGUUUGGAGCUUCACUGAUAAAAGCGUUAACUGUAACUUUUUUUUUUAAAUUAUUCACUUCUACAAAUUUCACUGCUAUGCAUUAUUAGGCGCGAAAUACACAGAGAGAAGGAAAAACUGAAGCACUUUCAUCUGUUAUGUGGACAAAAUGUUGAUGAACAAACGUUUUUCAACUCUUCAAUUUAGAACGCUUAAACUUAUUAAUACGUUACAUAACUUAAAGGUGACUGACUGGGUGUCUAGAAAAGACAUGCAUCAAUACUAACAUGUACUGUCGUCUAGACUUUGAAACAAUAUAGGUAAAACUGCUGCAAAGUAGCGCAAGUGGUUGGAAUAUACUGUUAUUAUAACUUAAAUAAAGGUUCUGAUACUCGAGUUUUACAUAAUUAAUUAUUGUGAGAAUUAUUAAUUCCUUGAGGCAACAGGAAUUUGUGGAAAUUUUGUCUAACUAGUAAUAGCAGAUAAAAAAAUGCAACCCCGUGAUGUUCAGUUAUAACGUACCAAAUAGGCCACGCAGUAACUAAAUUAACUUCCUUCCGUCGAAAAAUUAAUUUUUGUCUCUGAGGAGUUUUCGUUUCUGCGUUUCCAAGAAGACUCCUUUUUUUUCUGACUUCUCGAGUCUGAAACUUUCAAGAGGAAAUCUGUGAGACGUGAAGCGACAAAACAAGGUUUGUUAUAACCCUGUGACGUGAGUGGUCACCAACUAUGAGUCACAUCAGGAAAAAGAAAACUUUCCAAGAUAUGUCUGUUGUCCCCUUCCUUUAUUAUUAAGGGAUUAGACAAUAUCAUACGCUCUAAUCGUUUAGUAAUCGUUCUUAACGAGAACUUUUUUUACCAACAGGGUUAUUACUGAGUUUUUGGCUGCCUUGGUAACCGUGUGAUGUAAUUCGUUAGAAUAGAUUUUCAAAAUUAAAGGUGAUUCUAUUUUGAAAA